CUGAUCGUUUCUAUGAGAUUAAUUCACUUUUAACGAGCUACUUAACUGUAUUCAGUCUUAUUUUUUAUGGAUGAAGCGAAACUUGAUCGUUAGCUGCAUUUCUUCAGUGUCGUAAUCGUGUUUUCAGUUGUUUGUAAACUCAGGACAGCACCACUUCCUCGUUUAAAUGAGUGGUUUUGCUCAUUGCGUGUUCCUGGAAGAUUUCUGAGGAUUCAUCUUCGAGGCCACCAAUAAUGGCGGCACCAUUGGAAGCGGCUAUUGUGCCUUCAGGCAGCUGUUGCCAUGCCAACGAUGCUUUGCUGUGAACAACAGGAACAUCAAGUCUCCCUUCACCUAUGGCCUGCCCUGGUUGGUUGCUUUCUACACAGCUCGACGCGUGACAUGGACCAACAGGCUUCCCCAGGAAGCCUUGACUUUCGUGAUGGGCCCACUCGGGAUGAACACUACGCCAGCGGCCAGGCCCAAGAGGGCAGUACUGAACAGCCGCGUCAUUCUGGCCACCCCGUCAUUUUUCAAGUUGACCUCCACCCACCAUCUGGCCACCAGAACAUCGGAGUAUGGGAAGCAAGGGUUCCAUCAGCUCGACCCCCAUCCUCGAGUGUCGAAGAAUGUGGCGCCAUCGGAAGUGCUGCAGCUUCGACCUUGUCUGCCGAUUGGCCGUCCACAGAGAAUGCAGGGGCGUUGCCUCUGAGCGUCUACAUGGCAUGUUUGUCUCUCGACUCAUGUCAGGUCUCCACCAGUCCACGCUGCCGUCUUGAAGCCACAUGUUGUUGUGAAUCGCACGGUGCCACUGCAAAGUGUUCACCUUCCAAUGCAAGCGGCAGCCGAGCAUCUGCAUCCGGUCGAACUAAUGGUUCGGCAAAGAAAGCCUCCAGGUCACGCUGUUCCUUGGAUGAGCCUUCCAACUACACGCUUGUCCUGAAGCCGAAAGCAUUGAAGCCUUGUGCCAUGGUAGGAUCCGUCCACUCUGUGCAUUCUGCCCACUCGGCUUGUUCGAUUGCGGCUCCAUUUGAAAGGCCAGAAAUUGUCAGCCGUCCCGGGAGCACGCCAUCACAGGUACUCAGCUCGAGUGAAGAGGGCCGCGAUCUGCUGCCUCAGAUGCCCUACAGCAGCCCCAACAGUCCAAUUCCAUUCUCGGCGGCAUCAAGGGAGGCAGAUGUGCACGUGAUGAAAGAAGAAAAAGCCUCAUCUUCGUGUAGCAAUUGCCGCAGAUCACGUUCCACCACUGUCGAGUCCAAGAAGCACCUCAAAAGCAAAAAGAGAAAAGAAAACUCUCGCGCUGAGCGAUGUUGCUCGGAGGAAAUUGGUGCACGCAGCAAUUACGAUGGCAUUGAAGAGCUGUCUGGGCCCAUUGGAAAGGCGUCUUUACGGCAUUCGCUGGGCUCUUGCUUGGGUGCUCGAGGUCAGAGUGUGUCACGGCCUGUUGAGAAAGCAUCAUCAUCAAGAAAGCGCUUUUCAUUCACUCUACCCAAUGCGCUGCUGAAUGUUUUUCGCAAGGGAUCUAGUGCCACACCAUCGGUGCGAAACAGCUCGAGCCAGACGGAUCCUUAUCCGGAGGAGGUAGUCCGGUGCAGUGAGAAGGCGACCAGCCCAUAUGCCGUGCGGGCACUGCCUCCACUUCCAGGCAAUGCCACUGUUACACUGUGUGACCACUUUGGCAGAGCAGAUGCAGUGAGCUGUGCGUCAGAUGAUUCCGACAGGAAGAGCCUUGACUAUGCAUCCAGCAUCGAGAAAGUUAAAGAUUGUGGCUGGUACUGGGGCCCCAUCAGUGGAGAGACAGCUGAACGGCUGCUCGCACACGAACCAGAUGGUUCAUUUGUAGUGCGUGACAGCUCUGAUGAGCACUACAUCUUCAGUUUGACUUUCAAACUCAACGGCUUUGUACGGCACGUGCGCAUCGAACAUGACCAAGGCAACUUCAGCUUUGGCUGCCUGCAGAAAUUCCACAGCAACACUAUAGUGGACUUCAUUGAGAAUGCAGUGGAGCACUCGCGGAGUGGGCGUUACCUGUUCUUCCUUCACCGGCGCCCCGUGCUCGGUCCCAUGCGUGUACAGCUGCUGCAUCCGGUGUCUCGUUUCAAGCAAGUCCAAUCACUGCAGCACCUCUGCCGCUUCUCCAUAUUGAAGACCAUACGGCGGGACUUCGUUGAUGCACUUCCGCUGCCAGCACGUCUCAAGGCAUACCUGAACACGCCACACUACUACUCCGAAGAGCUGGCUGACUCGGUUGCCCUUGACGACGGAGGCCUGGCAGUUCAAUCCCAGGAGCCGCUAAGUGGGCGGCAGGAGGGGCCUUUCAGUCCGAGUUGAUAGCCCUUGCUGGGAAAGGCAUUGUCUUACUUCAUCUUUCUCUCCCUCUUGCAUGUGGGAGGUUUCUUUUUGGUUGCAGCAUCCACAUUUGAAGGUGCUGCCAGCAUGAAUUCAAAUUCGAGCUAGUCAGUGUGAAAUGGGGCAGACCCUUUUGCUCUUCUCCACUCACCAGGGCCUGUGGCAUCUGCACAGUUCAGUUUUAUAACGUUAAGUCGCAUGGCCCGAGUUAUACGACCACUUAGUCACUGAUAUGUUGCCACACCUUCAGUGAAUCGCGUGCACAGUGUUCCCCCUUGUCGUAAUAACAUGUUGCCACUAGAGCAUAAAUGUAGGAGACAAGCGGUGUUUCUGUCACUUGACUGUUUUUGUGUUGCUGGAGGACACUGGUUUGGAGAGCAUUGGACAUUUAAUUUCAGCAUUGUACCCCCUUUUGUACAAUUGCCAUGUAUAGUGCUACGUGUUCACAUGUCAGAAGUUGAAGAAGCCGUAAUUGCGAAUCUAUCUUCACAUUGAUGGCAGCAUCACCAGGCAUACUGAACAUCACAUGUGAACCUGUUUUGAUUACUAGUGCUUCGUAAAUGACCUUUUCUUACCUGUCUGUAGAUAAAUUCUUAUGAAGCUAAAGGAAUUAGUGGACUGAAAGCCUCGCUUAAAUUCUGUGGCUUUUACUUUCAUGGGGGAUACAACAAGCCAACCAAGAUCCUAGAGUUUGUUGUCACAUUUUCCGGAAAGUUGUUUCAGAGCGAAUUAUCACAAGCCGUCUUGCGUUAUGUUGAAGGGAUUAGAGGAUUGUGGUGGUUGCAUAGAAGAAUCUACUCCUACCGAAUUUUUUACUAAGUAAAAAUUGGUUACCACUGGGCUCUGCGGGUCUUCGGACGUACGAGGAAAAACAUUUUGGUCACAUGAUAAUUUUCCUGAAAAGGGGUUACGAACCCGGCCUUUUGUUCCCACACCAAAGAACUAACCAAUGCGUGGCUUCAGUGUGACAUGCACAUUUGCUGAAAAUGUUGCGUAUGUGACAGUAUUAUAACUUUGACUCUCUGCUACUUCCCGAGACCUUAAAAGCAGAAUCGUUUGAACCAAAGUUUUGAGUCAAUGUCCUCCUCUUCCUUUUUCUGCUUCCACUUCAGAAUGCACUUUCAAUACAUGUGUCACCAUCAGUAGUGUGUAGGGCUGUCAGCUCAGUACUUUCUCGAUUCAUAAAAAAAAAAAAAAAUUUGUUACACGGAGCCGAACGUUCAGCACACCGUGUUGAAUCGCGUGCUACCGCAAUGCACAGCAAACAUAUCCAGGUGCUUUACUACCCUGUAUAUUGCUCACAAACAUGGUGCGUGAAACAUCUCUGCGAUUACUGGGGUCAGGAAAUGCAAGCAAAAAAAAAAAAAGAUUGUCUGUUGUCAGCGUUUUCAGUCGAGCAUUUAGUAGCACACUGCAGGGUAAAUGUCAUUGGAAAUGGAUUAAUAAACAACCCUUAUACAACAGCCAAAAAAAAAAAACCUCUUACACUGAGAAGAGGCUAGGUAACCUAAGGAAAGUGCAAAAAAACAAAACGAAAAGAGGCUGUAGUUGUGUAAUAUAUGCACACCAAACUGUUGUAGCUCUUAACAGCAUGUGCUUGAGCCUCAUUUGCUCUUUUAUUCCUAAAGGUGGAGUAUGCCAUUUUUUUUAAGGAUACAAGACUGUGCUAGUUUGGAGCCUUCUUUUUUCUGUGCCAUAGUAACCGAAAUAUGAAAAAAUAGUUUGAAAUAUGUGAUGUUGCAAUGGCACAGCAAUGCAACAAAAUUUCUUAAAAUUAAAUCUUAACUUUCGUGUUUGACCGAUAUUCAUCCUAUUGCCAUGAAAUUGAUGAAAACAGUCCUCAAAAUGUUGUCUUUUAAUGUAAAGUGAAGCAGUUUUUUUUUUUUUUUUUUUGUAGUGUGAUUGUGUGGUUGUUUGGGUAUUCAGCUCUGGUUGUAGCUUUUGUGACAACGUUGAUAUCUUGCGUAUUGAAAAGCACCUUUGGUCUAGCCGUACCUUGGUUGUGUUGACAACCGUGUUUUAGUGUGGUGCUCGCAGUAUCACUUGCUAAUAACGUAACAAUCGAUGCUAUCAGUAAAGACUGUUAGGUCAUGCUAAUACUGCUAGCGAUCUGGAUGCGAUAAUAAGUACUUAGCCGAACAGGUGUUCUCAUUUUUGCUACAAUCACGUGGCUUCAAUUCUCGAGCACAUGCAAUGUGUUAUUGGAUGAUUUGAAUAAUGAUUGAUUGAUAUAUGGGAUUUAACGUCCCAAAACCACCAUAUGAUUAUGACAGACGCCGUAGUGAAGGGCUCCAGAAAUUUUGACCACGUGGGGUUCUUUGAUGUACACCAAAAUCUGAGCACACAGGCCUACAGCAUUUUCGCUUCCAUCAAAAAUGCAGCCGCCGCAGUCGGGAUUCGAUCCCACAACCUUUAGGUUAAUAGGCCAUAACCACCACACUACCUCGGCGGGCCGUGUAAUUUCUCUUUAUGCUGCUGUUCCAUUUCAUUGCACUCUAGUGCUUGCAUUUGGUAUACACCUAUAGUCAUGGGUCAGUACAAAUGCUUCUCAAAGUUAUGUGGUAUUGCCUGAGAAGGUUGAGGAACUUGUAUGCCGUGGAAUGGCAUUUCUUUGUGAAAGCACUUGACGAACCUGUUGUAGUGACUGGAAGCAAAGCUAGGAGGACCGAAGACACAAACAAGUAAGAAGCAACUAGGUUACAUAGUUGCAGCAGACUUGUAACACAGAUCUUGCAUACUUGCAGAGGAAGUUCUUAUUGCAAGCACGCUAAAGUAGCUUGUAAGCAUGCUGAAAGAGUUGAUCGUGUUUUUAAAAAUAGUCAGGGCUUUUGUGAGUAAGAAGUUUCCGACGAUAAUUAAAUUGGCAUUAUGUGUCUAAAUUUGGCUACCCGAGACACUACCUCUCCAUUGAGUGUUUUUGAGUUAGAGUUGGACGGUGUUGUAAAUGUGGUCAUUGCUCAAGCAUUUGUGCACUCGAGCAUAUGUCUUUAAGUAUGUUACUAGAUUCCCUCAUGCUUCGUUGCUUGCUGGGCCGUAAUUUGAGCUCUGUGCAUUGUUCUUGUGCAGGAUUUCUACGCUUUUGCAUCUUGCAUCUGUAACACUCUGUAUCUUUGUACCGUUUUAGAUAACUUACUGGCACCGAAUGCAUGUUGGGUUGAAUGAAACACUGGUUUCAGUCGUGUCUGCAAAGCACCUAGCGGUUGUUCCAUUUUGCAUGGAAUGUUAUCUGUCUUAUCUCACCGUUAGUCCCAAGUUUCUUACCGUUGAAGCAUUGAAGGCUGGGUCUUUUGAAGACCUUAAAACCAGAAAAAGCUGGGAUCAUGAGAAGCAAUUUGAACACUAGAAAAGAGCUGAGUUUUCGUCGUACAGUUAGAAAGAAGCUGGGGAGGGGGGAGGGGAUCAGAAGCCUAGACUUCUUAUUGAAAAGAAUGCUGAAAUGGGCAAUAUAGGUAAGUUUUCUUGGUUCUUUUUCCCGGAGGUUUUAGUGCAGCACAGAGGUUUUUCUAAUACUUCUUUUAUACUGCAGAUGAAAAGGAUUCAGCAGGUGAGAGAGGUUUAGAUGCCUCUGGUUAGUCUUGUGUAGCCUCGUUUAUUUUUUCUUCUUUUCUGUUAGUCUAGAACCAGUGUUUUUCAAACUGUGCUCACCCGAUUCUGUUUUUCCCCCUUCAGACACAAUUUGUUAAUUUAGAGAAGGAAACCUGUAUUUCAUUUUCGAUUUAAUGAAGUCACUGCACAUCACACUUGCACGUUGGGAGCUUGUGAGUGGUGAGAGGAAAGUGGUAAAGGCGUUGGCACACAAUGAAGUUUUUGGGACUUGCGAACCUGCAGUGACCGCUUGUACUGCUUGCUUUUGAUUCGUGCUCGAAAGGUCGAUUUAUAAUUGAAAUAUUGUAAUUGGAAUAGAGUGGUCUUGUCACAAACGGUCACUUCCAGCUUGUAUUUGUGUCCACCUCUUCAUCUGUGCUGUACGUGUUUGUAUUACAACUUUUCAAUAGUGUAAACAGUCCUGUUGUACUGUGGAGGCCGUUCAGUGUGUCGCAGAUAGUUGGGACACCUAAACAGUAUUUUCGCACUGUUCAGGUUUUACACGAAAGACUGAGAAGCGGUCUUCCCUUUACGUGCAUCUACCUGCUGACCACGCUCUCCUAAGGCAGCUGGACGCUACACGAACAUUGCCUAGGUAUUUCCCUUCCACUUAUGGCAGUAUUGCACACGGUCUCAUCCCCAACUGUCGUGUAGGUGACGUCGCCCCUAUUUCCAUUCUUCCUUACCAUCCGAUGCCUUGUAGGAGGAGGAAAGCUCUUCCCGCGUCUUUGUUGGCUGUGAUUUCUCAUGUCUCCUUGCCUCCACCCCUUGCCAAAGCAGGCGGCAAUGGGGUAGUAAAUUGUUGUCUGUGCCAUUCACACCUUGUGCUUGUUUGCUUGCUCACAUUGGGGUUCAGAAAGAGGGACUUAGUAUUUCAGGCCGUGUCUCACUUUGUCCGUGCAUCUGCGCAUUCAUGACAGGUGCAGGCAGUAUUGCUUCGAGUCACUGUUUUAUGUCACAAUGCUUUUGCAGCUUAAGGCUUGCCUCUAAGUAUGGUUUUUGUGUCAUGCCAGCUGUUCUCUAUUUCUACUUAGACCUUGGAGGCUUUUAAGUGUAUUGUUGGCAAUAUUGGGUGAAACAUGACCACAUUACUCAUAGGAGUAAUGUGGUCAUGACUGAAACAUGACCACAUCAACUCAUAGGGGGUGUUAUUUUGGCCAAAAAAUGUGUGGAAUGCUUUUUUUGUUUAGCCUAAUCCUCGCUGUUGGGAGAGUGUAGUUGCUAUAGACUAGCAUCGUACUGUUCGAUCAUCUAAAGCACCAGAGAUUGUUUCUUAUUGAAGAACUCUAGUGGGAAAAUGUGUCUUAAGAUCACGUCGUCAGCCCAUGGCAUUACCAUCUGAAGAGAUGUAUUAUCAAAGAUCUCAUUUGUGGGUUUUCACCUUAUUGGCCAUUAUUCUGAUUCAUCCACCUGUUGUUACUGUCAUUGCUAAAGGAAAAAAAAUAAACAAAAUAGAAGCACUUGGUAUCUCAGUUCUUUGUCAUCGGAAGACAAAAAGAGAACAGCAGACAGGAACACCAGAUGAAUCUGACUUAUCAUAACUUAACAUACUAAUUAAAUUUUUGUGGCAUGUCACAUACCACAAAGAAAUGUUUGUGUGCUGAGUUGGUGUAUCACUAUUACAUUUAUGUUUGUGAGACAAGCAUGGGUGAGGGCAACUAAGUGAGAGCAAUGUUUUUUCUCAUUUUCAUUUGUUCAUUAAUUUUAAUAAGAAACAUGGCUAAAGGCUUUUGUACGCAUGCUUUGCCUUCUUUGUGUCACUAAAAGGAUCUCAAGUGGAUGCAUACCAACUAUCCUUAUUGCACUGCACUAAAAAAUUUUUGCUGGAAUAACGGAAAACUUAUUCAAGUGACAGCUUCCUAUAAUGACCAAAAUGGGGCCAGUUUAAUCUCUUGCAUGCUCAGUAAUGAGCAGGUUGCAAAAAUUGUGGACGUGGCUGGGACUGAAAGAACCUGAGGGAUACUCGAACGUGCCUGGAGCCGUCCCACGAUUGCUCUUGCAGAAAGCAUUGGGCUAAUUGCUUCUCUCAUACUCUAAUGCCCUCCAUGGAGACAAUCUUCACUCUUGACCAAGAUUGACUACGGAUUAAAAAAAAAAAAGAAUGAAAACACAUACAUUUUGCACUUUAGAUUUUUCUAAUGCUCGCCCAUGAUGCACUGCUUGCUGUGCAUGUUACGUAUGUAGUACAUGUCUGUUGUCUGGUUUGGUGUUAGUACCCAAGGAACCUCUUCCACAUAAACGGUAGAAUAGAAAGGAAAAAAAAAAUGAAAGGAUUGGAAAUAUUAUUAAGUGUAUAAAGAAGGUGCACAGGAGAGGGCCUUGGAGGCUCCAAAAAUCAGGCAAAAUUUUUUAGUGGCUGCUAGAUGUCAUUUUCAUGCAUCAUUUGUUUUUCCUAAAAUAAAAUAGCUUUCCUUUACCAUUUUUUUUCUGGAUAUUGUUCUUGUAGAGCAUAGAUAGCAUAGUUUAGCAAGUUGGUACAUUCUGCGGUUCAGCUUGUGACUUGUUUGGUUCUUUUGGGUCUUGCGUGCUUUUGUGAAUUCUGUUAGAGCUUUGAGCCCAGUGAGUUGUUUGUAAGGAUGUUUGGCAAGGAUGUUUGAAAAAAAAAAAAAUUCUGUUUCAUUCCUCUCGUUGACGGUUCAUUUUCUGGCUCUGCGCCAGUGUUGAUAACACGCAGUGCCAACUUUAUCCGGACUAAACAGGCAAUUCAAACAAGGCACUGCUAAAUGAAAUGUACCUCAAAGGGCCAUCUCUGCAUGAUGCUAAAGCACAUUGAAGCCGCCGCCCACUCAUUCGUCGCACGACAGCAAGUGCCAGGGUCACUCUUGUGAAGUGUUUGGACUGUGUUUGGCAGUUUCCAUCUACACUUGUUAUGGCUUCCUGUGCGCCUUCCUGUCUAGGUUUUCUCAUUAACCCCGGACGUCCAACAAAUGCCCAAUCUGUUUGUGGCCACAAGUGCGAGUGUUUGACUCAGUAUGGUGUGUAAACUACUUGACAGUGUCAUUGUGCUGUUGUACAUUCGUGUCGUAUUUUUCUGUGGUGGCAUCUGUCAGAAGGGAUAAUAACAUAUUUGCUUGUGGGCACCUGUAGGCCUUCGUGCAUGUAUAAAGGGAGAAUUUUUGUGCUGCUUAGCCAGAUGAUGGGUGUCUCUCUAUUUGUAGAGGUGCUGAUCCUGCUGUCUUUGAAUGUGCAUUCUGUGCCGUUAAUGGUGUGCUUUUCAACCCGGUGGUUUUUACUGACUUGAUAGGUUAGUGCAUUCGUAAGAUCUGUGCUGCCUCAUUGCGACGUGUUCUUCCAUGUUCCCUUGAGUAACUGCAUCUCUGCCUCAUUGGUAAAAACCAAAGCAUUGUGCAUUUGCUUUUCUUGUGGAGGGUAUGGUUCUCCGAGCACACCGCUGAUUUCGCUGUUCACCUGUUAACCUCACGCAACUAUUCUCACGCACUCUUGUAGUCUCUGUACCUCUUAAGCAUAAAAAAUCAGCCAUUUCUUGGCACUUUGCAUGAGCAUAAUGAUAUGUGAAUAGAGUGUGAAGUUGUCGUUUUCUUCGUCAUUAUCCAGAUGCAUUUGUUUUCUGACCAGUGGGAAUGUUUUACACAGUAUCGGUCUGUCUUCGUCUCCGAGUGACUUUUUUCUUUAAUGAAAUUACUUUUUCUCCCUGUAAACUAGUGAGUCUGUGUUUAUCGAAAAUUCUCCAUGCAAAUGAUUGGAGAUGCGUGUAAGUAGAUGCCAUGAGCACAGCGGAAAGUGUGAUGUGUUCUUACAUGUGCUCUGGACCUAUAAGUGUCUGCGACUUGCUAUUGUUGCUCAGUGUUCUGGCUUGCUAAAGAAUUAAUGCUGUAUUGUUUCUUAUGUUCUAUUCAAAAUGUGAUGAUGUGCAAGAUCUGUUGAUGGAUUUUCGUUUGCCUUUAAGGGUGUGAAUUUUUGUGCGACUUCAUGCGAGAGAUCUUCAGACAUGUCUUCUUGGCAGUACUACUAGCAUGCGAAGGGUUUCUGUGCAAAGCUCUGAGCGUGCAUGUAUUUAUAAUCAUAUUGUCCUGUUUGUGUGUUCUUAAUUCUUCAUGAUAAUGCGAUGCUUUAUUGUGCUUCACAGUGUGUAUAAAUUGAUAGGCGCGGAUGCUGUCGCAAGGGGCUCUCUCAUUGCUUCAUGUUCAUUAAGCACUGCAAUAAUGUAGGAGUACCGGUGUACUAGAUUUCAAUGCUUGGCAUUGUUUUUACCAUUCUAGUUUGUACAAUACUGCAGUCUUUAUUAGUACUGGGUCAUAUGUAGGGCUAAGCUUAUGAGAAGAAUGCAGUUGACAUAACACUUGAAAAUAUUGCCUAAAUGUCAAAGCAAAAGACAACUCUAAGAACUAUCUUAUUGUUCUAGUUUGAGAGAGUAAUUUGAACUAGGACGAACACAAAAGAGCUUCACCUAACAGAUGAACACACGUUUGGUCUUGUUUUUGUGGGUUCACCGUUUGUCUGGACAUUUUAAAAAUGCUAGAGCAGUAGGCCGGAAAUUUACCAGCUAGCUUGUUAUGAAGAAUUGUUGUGGUUAAAGAAUAGGAAUUUAACCAUGCUGAAAUCAGUCUAUUCACUUCAUUCGGUUGUACCCAACAUAUGCAGCAUUUCCCAUGCAGUUUGCUCAUUUCCAGUUGGCUUGUUGCAUUGAGAUGUGAGGCACCGAAUUUUUUCGUCUUCAUAACAGUAGCGGUUUCAUGAAAGCGCCCAUAUAGUUUAUGCUACAUUGCGUUUAUUAUACAGUGGAGGUUGUGGUUUUUGAAAUGAAAAACCCUGCUCGCGCUUUUUGAAUGCCAAGUUUCGUGCAAUAUCUCCGCAUAUUCAGUGUAUUACAAUUCCUUGCAAGCUCAAAGUUGGUGAGGAGGUGUAAAGAAGCGCGGUGCCUUUGACAACAUUGUUGUGACAGUGGGUUCUGGCGCAUCGCUUUUGAUACGUGGGAUGCUCACUAAAGUGGCCGACGAUUGUUUGAGUGCAUAGAGCAGUAACCGUGCGGAAAACGUUGGUGAAUGCUACUGUUGUUUGGCAAAGCUGGAUUCUUCAUGGCAUGCACAGGAAUGCUCAUUGGGAUCUUUAGGAACGUUUACUCAAAACAGUGCUCAGUCUUUCAAAUGCUGGUACCAAAAUUCUGUUGGUGCCAAGACUGUUCGUGUGCCGAAGAGGGAUAGCCGCUACUGGUGAUUGCAUUGCAAAGCGUAGGGUCUAACUUGCACACAUCUACUACCACCAUAAGUGGUAUACCAUGUGGUGUGGCCAAACUUUCUUGAAUGUGCAUGGUUUGAAGUACCAAGUGUAGAGAAUAAAAGCUGAAUGGUAGAGACAUUGUGGACUUGCAUUUUGACUACCUACGCAGGUUUACCAUUCGGCUGAAAGGUGAGAGGAGAUAUUGGUCGAGCCAGACAAAUGGUGCAUUAAGAGUGAGGUGCACAACAUAAAUUUGGUGUUGUUAUCAAAAUUUGGAAGUUCUUUCUUUUUGUUAUUUAACACAAGAUUCAUUCCAACAUUGUAUACACUAGGGUUGUUAAAUAUUGGAGUGCCCGUUUCAGGAGUAGGGGGGAAGGCGAAACAGGUUUUACAGGCACAGAAUGUGGCAUACUGGCUUCACAGGUAGCAUAGGAAAUUAUUACGGAAAAGAAACUACCUAUUUUUAAUCUUGUGAACUUUUUACUCAUGUAAACCAGUAGAAACAUUGCUGCUAACAUAAGAUAUGUUCAGUAGCCAAUUUGGAAAUAAUCAACGCCGAAUUCAUUUUUGAUUGCCGUACAACGGUUUCAAGGUGAUGCCUUCAUCAAGAUCUAUGUCUUUGCUUUUCACUUGGCCACUUCUAGAUGCACCACUUUGAAGGCUACAAUUCCUUGCACACACCAAGGACACCUAAGCAGGUAUCAUUAUAAAGAAGCGAACUCGUGGAGGGUCCAGCUUGCACGAGAGAUCAGCUACACGCACGCUCGCAAACAGUCUGUGGUGACAAAGAUCCUCAUCCCACAAAUUGCCUGUGUGCAGAAGAUAUGCGUGAAUGUACAAGUACACAUGUGCUAGGUGGGUGGUGUCCAGUGUCGAUGGCGCCCGCGUGGCUGCUUAAGCAAGCGAAAACCUAUACAUACAGUAGAAUCUCAGUAAACAGAACCUGAAGUGACUGGCAAAAUGUGUUUCAUUGAACAGGAGUUCCAUUUACUGAGAGGUGAACAUGGGUGCAUUAUACAAGCCUGAAACCAAGCAAUGCAGAGGCAAUAGUUCUGUUUAAGCAGUAGUUCCGUUUAACAGAUUUCCAUUUACUGAGAGUCUACUGUAGUUGUGUUUUUCCCUGUAUGCUGCUCCUCAAGUUUUUUUUUUUUUUUUUGUCUUGUGCUGUGAAGAGAAUUUUGCAAUCAUUUAUCUAGAUGCGUCAGGUUUGUAGGCUUCUCUCGAAUAAAGUUGAUGUGUAUACCUUA